UUUAAGGGGAGAGGAAUGCAUUCACGCAAUGUUGAAGUUCGUCGUGACUGUCCUUAUCUUGAUACUGUUAAUCGUCAGGUGUUGGAUUUUGAUUUCGAGAGGUUUUGUUCUGUGUCCUUGUCAAAUUUGAAUGUGUAUGCUUGUCUCGUCUGCGGUAAGUAUUUCCAAGGAAGGAGCCAGAAGUCUCAUGCUUAUACGCAUAGUUUGGAAGCAGACCACCACGUUUGCAUCAAUCUUCUCACAGAGAAGGUUUACAGUCUUCCUGAUAGUUACGAGAUCAAUGACCCUUCUUUGGAUGACAUUCGUCAUGUUUUAAACCCAAGGUUUAGUAGGGCUCAAGUAGAAGAGCUCGACAAGAAUAGGCAGUGGUACUGGUCUAGGGCUCUUGAUGGCUCUGACUAUCUUCCGGGAAUGGUGGGAUUGAACAACAUACAAAAGACGACAGAGUUUGUGAAUGUUACAAUCCAAUCGUUGAUGAGAGUUACUCCUUUAAGGAACUUCUUCCUCAUUCCUGAGAAUUAUCAACAUUGCAAGUCUCCUCUUGUUCACCGUUUUGGAGAACUCAUUCGGAAGAUUUGGCAUGCUCGGAACUUUAAAGGACAGGUGAGUCCACAUGAAUUCUUGCAAGCUGUCAUGAAGGCCAGCAAGAAACGGUUUAGGAUAGGCCAACAGUCAGAUCCAGUUGAGUUUAUGUCGUGGCUCCUCAAAACUUUGCACAUGGAUCUUAGGCCUUCAAAGGACGCCAGCAGUAUCAUCCACCAGUGCUUCCAGGGUGAGUUGGAGGUUGUGAAAGAGUAUCAAGGCAAUGAAAACAAAGAAAGCUCCAGGAUGCCUUUUCUGGUGCUUGGGCUAGAUUUGCCACCGCCUCCUCUUUUCAAAGAGGAGAAAAACAUAAUUCCGCAGGUUGCUCUAUUCGAUUUAUUGAAGAUGUUUUAUGGAGAAACUGUGACAGAGGUGGUUCGCCCAAAGCUAGCCAGAAUGAGAUAUCGUGUAACCAGAUCGCCUCCUUACUUGAUGUUCCAUAUGGUUCGGUUCAAGAAGAAUAACUUUUUCAAGGAGAAGAACCCUACCCUGGUUAACUUCCCAGUGAAGGACAUGGGGCUGAGGGAUUACACACCAUCAUUGCCUACAGCCCCUAAAGGCGAGAAGGUGUGUUCAAAGUAUAAUCUAAUCGCUAACAUUGUACAUGAUGGUAAGCCUGAGGAUGGGUACUUCAGAGUCUUUGUGCAGAGGAAGUCACAAGAACUAUGGUACGAGAUGCAGGAUUUACAUGUUGCAGAGACACUUUCCCAAAUGGUAGAACUAUCGGAAGUGCAGAUAUAUGAGCAGCAGGAGAAAUAGAGCACUGGAAACAAACCAA